CUUUUCCGGGAUUGAGACAAGUUUCGGCAUAGUGCUUCGUAACCAACAACACCCACAAUCCCAAACCAGCUUUCAAAGCAUCGGUGUCAGACAGAAAAUAACUAUUCCGAGCGUCUACAUCAACCGUGACAGUGCUAAGAACAUGCACAGACACAAGAUGUUAACCAAAGAAGACGCAUGGAGACCAGCUGACCUGAGAAGAUACAUCAGGGAUGAAAAACAUGGUGGUGAUGAUGAUGAUGAUGCCUAUGUCCGGAGGCAAGAUGAGAAAGAGAGAAAGCCCCGUGGUGGAGUAUCUGUUGAGAGACACCGCAGGGACCCAGAGGAGACCAAACAAGAGCGAGACAUAUACAGGGAAAGAGACAGCACAAGGGAUAGAGAGAAACCACGAUAUGAAGACAAAACACACAGAAGGAAAGAGGGCUCACACGACAGGAGAAGUGACAUGGAAAGGGAUAGGGACAGGGAGAAGACAAGGGAAAGAGACAGACUUGUGGGUGCAAACAAGUACAGCAAUGAAUACGGAGAACACCGGGAAAGGAGGCGGGACAGAGAGGAGAAGAGGGAUAAAGAGCGGGACAGAGAAGAGAAGAGGUAUAAGGAGCGGGACAGAGAAGAGAAGAGGUAUAAGGAGCGAGACAGAGAGAAGCCAAGUGACAGAGACAGCCGAGUCAUUGCAAACAAGUACAUCGAGGAAUACAGAGAACACUGGGAAAGGAGGCGGGACACAGAGGAAAUGCAGGAUAAGGAGAGGGACAGGGAAAAGAUGAGGGAAAGAGACAGACUAGUCAGUGCAAACAAGUAUAGCAACGAAUAUGGAGAACACCAGAAAAGGAGGCGGGAUAUAGAGGAGCAGAGAGAUAAGGAACGGGACAGAGAGAGGAACAGAUAUAAAGAGAAAGAUAGGCAUGAGGACAGAAGUAAAAGUAGGGAAGAGAGGGACAAGGAAAAAAGGACAGAAGAAUGGGAUAAAGAACGUCAAGAUGAGAAAGAGAGAAGGAGACUUCAUGAAAAUAGGGAAGGAGGGAGUCACUGGACAGAAAAGCACAGGAGAGAUCGGCAAAGAGAGCAUUUGAAAGAAAUUGAGAGACACCGAGAUACAUACGAAGCCAAGAGGAGAGAUAAAGAAAGAAACGAGACAGAUAGAAAAUGUUCAGAUGUGACAGAACAAAGAGGACACAAAGAAGAAUGUAGAAAAGACAAAGAAGAGAGUGAAAGAAGACAUAAAGAAAGACAUCAUGAAGAUGAAAAUUGGAGGCGUGACAUUAAAUCCAGAGAACAUAAAGACCAGAAGGAGUCAGGUGAAGAUAUUAGGCAUCGUCAUGGUGAUAUUGCGCAAGUGGAACACAGUAUAUACAAGGAGAGUCGGCACAGAGAGGGCAAAGACACAGAAAAAACUCACAAAGAGAAGACCACCUCAAAAACAUCAGCAUCGCACAAGAGUCUGAACCAAAAUGCUGCAGAAACAGAGGUUGCUGAAGAUGAAGAUUUGGUCGACAGGGAAUAUGAAGAUGAUUUUGAGGAAUAUGAAGAAGAUUUUGAGGAGAUGGAUGAGAGUGCAAAUGAAGAUGAGGAAGAGAAAGAGUCAUACCAUCUUGAGGUGAAAGAAGAGAGGGAGGAGCUUACAGCACAAAUGAAGGCUGAGCUCCAGGCUAUUCAGAUAGCCAUGGAAGAGGAGAACAGAAGAGCUCAGAUCAGAACAAGCACCAGGAGAGAAGAGGAUGACAGCCCCAAACCAUCACGAGAUUCUGACAAGAGUGAAAACACAGGUUCACACAGUGGGAAACGUAUCAACUUUGUGGCUGCAAAGCAGCGUGAAGUCAGCAAGAAAGUUGCCUCACAACAAAAGAAACGCAGUAUGGAGCUGCUUCGAUUAAUAGAUCUGGAUUUUUCACUGACGUUCUCUCUCCUUGAUCUGCCACCUGUCAGUGAAUAUGACAUGUACAUCAGGAACUUUGGAAAUACAAACACCAAACAGGCUUAUGUUCAGUGCAAUGAGGACAGUGCAGACAGAGACAUCCAGACAGAGGAGGUAGAGGUGAAUGACAAAUGGACACAGCAUCCUCCAGAGAGAAACGAAGGCUGUGGUGAUCCAAACCUCUUUGUGGACGACAAAAUGCAAAGUGAAAUGAAAUAUGAUUCACAGCGGCUGACAGCAUUCCUGCGGUCAGCCUCACAGGUUGUGGUUGUACUACUGGAAGAAGUUCAAGCUGAGAGAAACUUGCUUCGUAAGCCAAAGGCUCAAACAGACACGCUGUCAUUUAGCGAUGGAAGUUUACAGCUCAACGCCCAGUUGUCUUUUCUUCAUGGUUAUCACAUCAGCCUGUUGCAUUUCUCUCAGUUCCAAAAACAAACUAUGUUGUCAGUCCACAAGCCAUCUUCUACGACCAGCACUGUACCCUUUACAAAUUCUACCAUCAUCUGCAUCUGGAACAUUUGGGAGCCUUCCAAACCCCAGAAGAUUCUUGUCUAUGAAUCGCAGGUGGAGUGUUGCUGCUUCAGCCCUGGAAAAGCCAUGCUGGUGUUUGCAGGCACAUCAGAUGGCUGUCUGGUUUUGUGGGAUCUCAGAGAAUAUGCUAGUAACCACUCCUGCUUGAAGCUUGCAGAUGAAGAGUGGACUUUCAGGCAGCCUACUUUUUCCACUGCUGCAGUCAUGGGUGCAUCAGGCCAUUUUUCAUCGGUGACUUGCGUGGAAGUUGUUUCCUCCACUCCAUCAGGCGGGCUGAGGCCAGAAGUCACUCUUUUAGCAUCUGAAGAAGAGUCUUUAGGAUUGUCCUUCCAGUUGGCUUCUCUUGAUGAAAGUGGGAUUUUAAAUUUCUGGGUGGUGGUAGAACUCUCAAAAGCAAAGGAAGCAGACCAUCAAACAAAUCUGGGACUUACUCCUGGGGGUAAAGUAAAGUUGCUUCUCAGAUCGUCCCUUCAGACUGCAGAAAGAAUGUCUCCACGAGAUGUGAUCAAAACUGGGCCAUUACAGGCUCUUAACAUCAAAUUCCUUCCUGCCGACUCCAAUCAUUUCUUUAUUGGAACUAAUAUGAGUCUGGUAAGUCAUGGAACCAGUCAUGGUGUGAAGGCAGUGCCAAAGUUCUACAGGUCUGAUCAGGUUGGAAUCACACCUGUUGAAGUCACCAUAAUCAACUUUUCUCCCUUCAGCCAACACUUAUUUCUGGUUGGCUGCAGUGACGGCAGCAUCAGGCUACAUGCAGCCAGCUGUGAACAUCCUGUGCUGGAGUGGUACAGUAGCACGAGCGGCCAACCAGUGGUCUCGCUGCAGUGGUCCCAAACCAGGCCAGCGGUCUUCUGUGUGCUUGACGCAGCCUCUAACCUCUAUAUGUGGGAUUUGCUGAAAGAUGACAUGGAGCCUGUUGUCACUCAAAGGGUGAACGCUGACAGGGUGACGGCUCUGGCUGUGUUUGGAGACUCAGAACAACAAAACGCAUAUUCAGGAAUAGCAAUGGCACAUGAAUCUGGAAAAAUAGAGAUUUGUUAUUUCACAAGGAAUUUUGCUGUUCCCAGUGCUGCAGAACAGGACACGUUGGAGAGUGUGUUGAUUUAGGCUUCCUGAAAGACUGAUGUAGCUGAUUUGUUUGUUGUUUUUAAUUCAAUGGAAAA